AUGACUUGGCAUUACUCAACCGAGCUGCGGCAGGUCGUCGACGAUCCAAAGAACCUCCAGCCCGGGUCGGUGCUCGAAACCCUUCCCUACCUCAACGCCGUGAUCUACGAAGGACUGCGGCUUUCCUACGGCGUCUCCUUCCGGACCGCCCGCAUCGCCGCCGAGGAGGGACCUGGUGUACAGCGGUCGCCGGUCGAGUACGUCAUCCCCCGGUGGACCGCCAUCGGCAUGUCGGCGGCCACCACGCACCACGACGAGAGGGUCUACCCCACGCUCGUCUGUACGAGACGACCGAUGGGAGAGUGGCUUGUGACCACGACACGCAGGUCCCCAGGACGGUCAAGGAGAGCAAAGCGACCCGGGUGA